CUGAAGCACGCCAUUCUGUUUAUGAUUUCUAUUAAUGAUUGAUUUUAAUGUCUGCCUUAUUUGUAUUAUUACAUAGUUGGGGAUGACAGGGGAGAAAGGGUGGACAGCUCCCUGUCUAGUAGUUGUCGCCUGUAGCUAGUUAUAGGUCUUCUUGAGGAAGCUCCAGACAGACGGACAGGCGCGCGAGUUCGCAUUUUCUAAUAAAACAGCAGCACGAGCGAUGGCUUCGGCGUCGCGUUUCGUACUGUAAUUUUCUUAAGGCGGCGAAGUCGACAUUGUGAAGGUUUUAUUCUGCGCUAGUUUCGUGGUUGCCAGGUGUUGGAAUGAUAUAGGAGCUACGAGCAAGAGCCGCUUCGAUUAUGGGAACAUUCAGGUUUGAGGAACCCUGAUCCGAUUGGCUCCACGCUCCGGCGCCGCCCUACCAGGUGACCCUACAGCGGGGGAGACGGGUGAGGAGAUCCAGCCACAGCCUCCCCUGUCCCACAGUGCAUUGCACCGUGCCCACCACCACCAUGUCCACCCCCAGCGGCAGCCCCGAGAGAGAGGGCUCCACAGGGGGACCCAACCAGUUGGAGUGUCCCCCCUCCUCUCCCCCUGGCAUGGACCACUCCAUGGGCAGCCCCCUGCUCAGCCCGGACUCAUCUUGCCAAGAUGCCAUGCUCUCGGCCCCCGCCGCCUCCCCCGCUGACUCGGAGAGCCUGAGCCCUGACGAGCUAGAGCUGCUGGCUAAGCUGGAGGAGCAGAACAGACUUCUGGAGGCGGACUCCAAGUCGAUGCGCUCAAUGAGCGGCUCGCGGCGGAACAGCGGCUCGUCCCUGGUGUCCAGCUCCUCUGCCUCGUCCAACCUGUCCCACCUGGAGGAGGACACCUGGAUCCUGUGGGGACGCAUCGUCAACGAGUGGGACGAGUGGAGACGCAAGAAGGACAAGCUGCUCAAGGAGCUGAUCCGUAAGGGCAUCCCACACCACUUCCGGGCGAUCGUGUGGCAGCUGCUGGGUAACGCCACAGACAUGCCAGUGAAGAACCAGUACUCUGAGCUGCUCAAGAUGUCCUCGCCCUGCGAAAAGCUCAUCCGACGGGACAUCGCCCGCACCUACCCCGAGCAUGAGUUCUUCAAGGGCCAGGACAGCCUGGGUCAGGAGGUGCUCUUCAACGUCAUGAAGGCGUAUUCUCUGGUGGACAGGGAGGUGGGUUACUGCCAGGGCAGUGCCUUCAUCGUGGGCCUGUUGCUCAUGCAGAUGCCAGAGGAGGAGGCGUUCUGUGUGUUUGUGCGUCUGAUGCAGGAGUACCGUCUGAGGGAGCUGUUCAAACCAACCAUGGCUGAGCUAGGCCUCUGUAUCUACCAGUUUGAAUACUUGCUGCAGGAGCAGCUCCCGGAGCUGAACGUUCACUUCCGUUCUCAGAGUUUCCACACCUCCAUGUACGCCUCCUCCUGGUUCCUCACUCUCUUCCUCACCUUCCUCCCCAUGCCCGUCGCCACGCGCAUCUUUGAUAUCUUCAUGUACGAGGGUCUGGAGAUUAUAUUUCGUGUGGGCAUGGCCAUUCUGCAGUACAACCAGACUGACCUCAUCCAGCUGGACAUGGAGGGCAUGUCCCAGCACUUCCAGAAGGUGAUCCCCCACCAGUUUGACAGCUGCCCAGACAAGCUGAUCCUGAGGGCCUACCAGGUUAAAUACAACCCCAAGAGGAUGAAGAAGUUGGAGAAAGAGUACACCACAAUCAAGAACAAAGAGAUGGAGGAGCAGAUAGAGAUUAAGAGGUUACGCACAGAGAACAGGCUUCUGAAGCAAAGGAUUGAGACAUUGGAGAAGGAAAGUGCUGCUCUAGCAGACAGGCUGAUACAGGGUCAGGUGACGCGGGCGCAGGAGGCUGAGGAGAACUACGUGAUCAAGCGGGAGCUGGCGGUGGUGAGGCAGCAGUUCAGCGUGACCAGCCAGAACCUGGAGAAAGCCCAGGACACCAUCGGAGAACUGCAGCGGGAGAAGUACACAGAGCAGUUUGUGACCGGUCUGCAGACGCAGCUGGAGCAGUCCCGGCUGCAGGAGGCGGAGCUACUGGGAGCCCUCAAAGAGAUGCAGGACAAAGUACUGGACCUAGAGAAGAGAAGCAGCUCUCUGCCUGAUGAGAACAACGUGGCCCAGCUGCAGGAUGAGCUGAAGCUGGUGAAGCUCAGAGAGCUGGAGACACUGCACUCCUUCAGAGAGAUGCAGGACACGGUGACCGAGCUCAACCAGCGCUGGCAGCACCACAUGUCAAAAAGCGGUGGGGUUGGAGGUCACUGGAAGGAAUCCCCCAAGAAGAACGCCCUGAACGAGCUGCAGGACAAGCUGAUGGGGGUGCGUCUGAGAGAGGCCCAGGCCCAGGCUGAACUCAGGGAGGUCAAACUCAAAGCCAUACAGCUGGAGAGCCAGAACCAGAUUCAUGGCAAGCUGAUUGGGCGCCAUGAGGUGGAGAGCGCCGCCCUGCAGGAGAGGCUGCAGCAGCUGGCAGGCCAGAACAAGGGGCUGCAGGCCCAACUCACCGAGAUGAAGAGGAAACAGGCUGAGCUCGACUGCAAGAGUAAAGAGGAGGUGAUGGCGGUGCGCUUGCGGGAGGCUGACAGCAUGGCUGCCAUGGCUGAGCUCAGACAGAAGAUAGCUGAGCUGGAGAUACAGAAGGAGGAGGGUCUGAUCCAGGGUCAGCUGAACCACUCUGACUCCAGGCAGUAUAUCACCCAGCUUCGAGACCAGAUCGGAGAGCUCAAGAACGAGAUCAGGCAGCUCCGCGGGCAGCGCUCCAAGUUCGCCCCUAGUUCCCGGGAUGGGGGUGGGGGCUACCCGGACCUGUGUUUAGCUAGCCCCUCGUCGGCCGGAGUCGACUACCUGAGCUCGGAUGAGGACCUGCUCCCCAGCCCCAUCCCCCCCGACGCCAUGUACCCCGCCCUGCCCCACCCCCACCCCUCGGCCAGGCUGGACAGCGAGGGCAGCACCGACAGCGAAGCGGAGGCCCACCCGGACCACCCCCACCACGGCCCCUCGCAGCAGCUCUACACUAGCAUGGUGUGUGCUGAGGUCCUGGACAACUGAGCCAUGGAGGUCCCUGGAACUCCCUGGUCCUGACCUAGACUACUGAAGAUACAGUAGAGAUACUGUACUCACCCCAAAUUUACUGUACUACUGUUCUCAUCCUAAACUACUGUAACCUGUAACAGACAUCCUCCCCUCCUUCGUGCUGGUGCCAUGGUCUCUCCUCUUUUUGUAAUUAUCUUCUCUCCAUCUCCCCCUUUUACCUCUCUCUUCACUCCUCUCUCUCCUUCACUCUGAUCUCUCUCUUUAUCUCACUCGCUCUCCCUCAAUCUCUUUCUCCUCUACAUUCUCACCGGCAGACCAUGUUUUCCCUAUGGGGGUAUAGUCAAUUCCCCUCUCCUGUCCUGUCCUUGCCAUUAGUUUCCACACUGCACUCCGGACCCGAGUGAAUAACAUUUUACUUCAGUACGCUCGCUCACUGUGCAGCAAGCAUAUCCUAUCCACACAGAAAAACAAGAAAAUAAAAGGGACUGAAAAUUGACAAAAUAAAAGCUUUCAACUUUCAGUACUCCAACCAUACCACACAGCAGUGACUAUGAGAUGCAUAGGACAUCGCUUUGAUGAAAUGAUUCCCCUCAAAUUGGAAGGACUUCAAUAUGGACUUGGGAUCGGUGAAAGAGGAGAUGGAUGUCUUAUUUGGCUUGACCCUGCUCGUACUGUACUGUCCCAUGAGAGAUGUGAAACAUACUGUCUCCCUCCAUCUCUUUCCUCCUCCUUUUCUCCCAGAAAAGUUGAUCACCCUCUCGAUCUCUCCUAUUCUCUCUGUCUCUCUCUUUCUGUCAUUCCAUCAUUCCAGGAAGACCCAUUAGCCACCUACACUGCCUGUUAAAAUAGAAACAACCAUCCACUGUAACCUCACAAUACACACUCUUCAAAGAAAUGGGAGGGAAUGAUGGAAGGAUAGAGGUAGGAGAAGAGAGGAGUAAGGUAUGGACUUGUACACAUCAAUAUCAUAAGGAUGUUACUAGAUGACAUCCCAUGCAUAGAUUAAUAUUAUCAAUUUACCUUACUGAAAUAUGUAUGUUGUGUGUCUCAAUGCCUUGCAAAUGAAACAAGGCAAGCAAAUUACGAUGGGUAAUGUAAAAAAUAAUCUCUACGUUGCCAAAUCAUUGUUGUUUUUUCUGCUAUUAUUUAUGUUAUUAUUUAUUUUAAUAUUUUUUUAUAUAUCUAUAUAAAUAUAUAGAUACCGACAGCGGCCAAACUUUAUAUAUACGUUGAGUUCCAUCGGUCCUUUGUGCCAAAUUGAAUCCUAACGCUGAGGUGUCAACGGACGGGGUAAUUAACGAUGCAUGUAAGAGACAGAACGAACACGCUGCUAUGAUUUUCCUUUUUUCUCCCAGUCUUUCUCCCAGGAAUCAGUUGCGAGUACAAAAACUACCGUGAAGAAAUUGUUGAAUGGUUAUGGCAAUACUUCAUAAUGAUGUCUCUACCUAUGGCUUAUGAAAUACCCACACAUAUAGAACUCCUUUAUAAACUAUUUGAAAUGUGUUAAGGCAUUUUUAAACCCUAAGAGCAGAUAUUAACCCACAAGUGUUUGUAAAAGGACAACAAUGGCUCAGUCAAUCAUUCAUUUUGUCUAAUGGUGAGGCUAUAGUUUGACUAGUUUGGGACUGAUUGGCAUGUGUCCGUCAAAAGGCUGUGUGAGUGAAGUGAAGGGGUUAAUUUGAAGUUGAAUAUAUGAGAAAGCUAUUUGUUGGUAUUGACCGAUCAGAGGCAAUAAAAAAAUAAGAGCUACAAGUGUACGGUUCAGAUCAUCAUAAAUAUAAUUAUCAAGUUGGACCAGGGUCAUCACUCUUGUUUAUGUCUCUGCUGUUCUCGUCUCAGUCAUGGUAAUGUAUUAUGAUGUGUCAAUACCUCUCCUUCCAGAACAUCCAACUGUGACAUCACUUCCUCUUUCUACUGCCUGUUACCAAUAGGAUUUAGGGAUGGAUGGAAACAUUCAGUUGAAUGUGUUUACUGAAAAUGUCUGAUUAUCUGAUGCAUGCUGUUACUACAGCUUCAGAUGGCUAUAAUGCACAGGUGUCAGACUGGAAUCAGUAUUUUGCCUAGUGUAUAUACCUCAUUGGCUAACUAUGUGGCAUAUCAUCCCAAUUGUCUUGAAUAUAAGACAAACACUUGUUAGAAUUAGCUUUAGCUCAGUCACUAGGAGUGGGGUGAUGAAUGCAUCGGCUUGGUGUCAUGUUUCCAAAGCAUUCAAAUAUGUUGUUUGUAUCAAUGGGAGAGAGUUGAUCAUGGGAAUCGAUGAUAGCCAUCCAGAAAGAAGCUCCAUGUAGUUGCUUUCCCAACGUCAAGGGGGAAAAGGGUUCCAUACAAACUUAAUUAAUAUAGAUGGAAGGAGCAUUGUCUUACUUCUGUGGCAGACACUUCACAUAUCACAUUAAUAUAUUCUUACAACAGUGGAAGCAAAAUGUAUGGAAUAUUAUUGAAUUAUACAGUAUGACAACCUGAAAACUAAAGUAUUUAUAUAAAUAUAUCACAAGAACGAUUUAGUUGAUUUGCUGAUGCAGACUGUAGAGGAUGUGUGUAGUAAUAUAUUCAAAAGGGUGUUAUAUAGAUUCUAAGACAUAGAUUCUAAACAGAUUCUAGAUAUAGAUUCUAACAGUCAGAAUCUAUAUUUAAAGAUUCUAGAUAUAGAUUCUAAGAUUAAAGAUCUCCUCUUGACUUAAAGCAGUGAGUGCUGUCCUGGGAAUAUUGGAGUGGAUGCUUGGAGUGCUUAGUGUAGCAAGCUAAGGCCCUGUCUCAUGUCAGUAUUGGUGAGCACCUGUAAAGGUUCUUGGUAGUAUUGAGGUACUGUAUGAUGCUAUGCCACCAAGCCUAUGCAUCCCAACUUUGUAUCAUGCUUUGUUUUCUUAUGUUCAAAUUAUGCCAUGUACUCAGAUUUGUUGUGUACCUGGCUUUUGUCGCACAGUGAUGAUGGAUGAAGGGGGAACCUGUCACCAACUGCCGAAGAAAUAAGGGAGCUCCUCCAAUGGGGUUCCACCGCCAUGUAGCCUAUCUUUUGCUCGCUCAAGUAUUACAAAUAACCACCUUUUGAGGUUAAAAACCAGUGUAGCAGCUGAAAUCAGUUGUCUGUUGUAACAUCCUGGACCAGUCAGUCAGUGCAUUACUUUAGCAAUGGGAGGGAGUUUGAAUGCCAUGUGUUGAGUCAACCUACUGUAGAGUAUAGUAGUCCUGGUCAGUGGUGGAAAAAGUACUUGAGUCAUACUUGAGUAAAAGUAAAGAUGCCUUAAUAGAAAAUUACUCAAGUAAA